AUGGGAAGCAGUUCCACGUAUCUAGAACUUCAGCAGAUUUGCCUCUCAGCCACCCAGGAUAUAAAUCGACCUGUGGUUAUUAAUGAUGCCACCAUCGAGGGCCGACAACGGGACAGAGCGUCUUUUAGUCAAGUCACGAAUUCCAUUACACAGAUAAAUGUCUGUACUCGGUUGACAAACACCAGCCCUCACCCGAUUCUCGUGGGGGAAGGGUUUAUGGCCAAGGUCAAAAGGUUGAACGACGCCUUGUCAAAGGCCGUCAUCCAUAUCGUGGAUAAUUGGUGGGAAGACGACGCGUCCGGCUACCGCUCUAGAAUGCCCCUGGACUCUCAUCAGGAGGCAGUGUUGAAGUGGGUACAUCAGCAGAGUAGAAAUGGAUCGAUGCGCCCUUUCAAGGAUUCUAUGGGCCAUUUUAGACCAGACCUUGUGUUAACUGAUGGCGACGACUCUUUGACAGUGCCCUUUCGCGUUUGUGAAAUCAAUUGUCGGAACCCUUUCAAUGCUAUUCUCAGUUCGGUCUAUCGAUACGAAACAGUAUCGCGGUUAUUGAAGCCCCCUGUCGCGGUUCAGCCGGCAGCUGACUGGGAGGGUAUGGUGGAGGAUUUAUUCACUCUUUUUGACCCCAGUUUACCGAUUCACCUUGUUGCGGGACGCGAUGAAAUGUCCCGAGAAGACUUUACCUCUCUAGCCCACCGGCGAACUGGCCUCUGCCCUAGGAUAAUAAAACUAUCUGACCUGAGGUUGGAGCCAGACGCAUCUUCUCAGACCGACUACGCUCUUUAUUGCAGCUAUCAAGACGCGGGAGAUCAAGAAACAAAGCUGGAGAGGAUACAUCAGGCCGUUCCCCUGCUUUUUGCAGAUGAGUUCUGCCAGCUUUCAUACCACUUACUGUGCCACCUGGCAUUUGUGGCUGUGAAUGAUUUCCGAAGCAUAUUACUCCUCGACGACAAACGAUUACUGGGUAUCGUUCGACAGGAGGCGGAGGCCCUUAGCGACAUCGGAAUCCUCACUCCACAACAGGCUAUCCUCCUGAAGGAAGCGAUCGUACCUACUAUCCUCCCAAGGUCCCAGGAACUAGAGCAUAUCGUGCACAGCUACCGUGAAGGAAAGAUCUCCAAGGGUGAUUUUAUCUUCAAGCCGUGGAGUCUCAGCCGUGGUAACGGUCAUUUGCUGGGCGAAACCCUUUCUGCCCAGGAAUGGGAGCAGCACUUGCUCAACAUGCAAGGCCUGGAUCUCUCUACUACCGACAACACCCUGUAUCUAUUGCAACCAUACAUCAAGCAGCCUACGUUUAGACUCUAUCUGGAGGAUGACACCAAACACACCGACACCUACAUGGUCGGUACUUACCACGCUGUGAAUGGCCGUUUCGUUGGAUUGGGGACCUGGCGAACAGGACCAGGGAGAAUAUGCACCGGCUUUAGUAGUGGAAAUGUUCCUUUGAUUUCUGUCAUAGCUGCAGAUAUUGGUAGAUAG